AUGAUCCACUGUUAUAUCAUGCACUCCGCAGGUUACAGGAACUUAGCUUGUUUUGAUAUCAUGUCGGAGGAAGGUGCUUUGCAGCCAGCUGGUCUGAGAAAGCCGAAGAUACCACCCUCUAUUUUCUUUAGAGAUGCAAGACUUGUUUUCAAAAAGGAUGAACUUGGUUCGGAGAUCAUAAGGAUUGCAUUGCCUGCAGCAAUGGCUUUAGCUGCUGAUCCAGUUGCCUCCCUCAUUGACACAGUCUUCAUUGGUCACCUAGGUCCAGUGGAAAUAGCUGCUGUAGGAGUUGCAAUUGCCAUAUUCAAUCAAGCCUCAAAAGUCACCAUAUUCCCAUUGGUUAGCAUAACGACUUCUUUUGUUGCUGAAGAAGAUACUGUUCAAAGAAAUAGCAAAGUUGAAGCAGAAAAGGCUGAGGACUUGAAGAAAGAUGCGAAAAUUGGCGAUGCGAAGGAGUCGGUCCCUGAUGAUGAAAUGCUUGAGAACUUGGAAAAAGGUUCAGCCACAAACAAUGAAAAGAACAUUGAAAAGAACGAUUCAGUGACGGAGGAUGGUUGUAAGACAAGUACCACAGGCAAGUCUUCCACUCUUCCUGACACCAAAAGUGUUGAACUGAAACGAAAAAAGAAGCAACAUAUCCCCUCAGCGUCUACAGCAUUAAUUGUUGGCGGCUUUCUUGGUCUAAUUCAAGCUAUAUUCCUCGUAUUUGGGGCAAAACCUCUACUGCAUAUUAUGGGUGUGAAAUCUGAUUCAGCGAUGCUAACCCCUGCAAGGAAGUACUUGACAUUGAGAGCACUAGGUUCUCCUGCAGUUCUUUUGUCACUGGCAAUGCAAGGGGUCUUUCGAGGCUUUAAAGACACAAAAACCCCUUUAUAUGCCACUGUUAUAGGAGAUUUAACAAAUAUCGUCUUAGACCCGAUAUUUAUCUUCGUCUGCCGCUGGGGUGUCAGUGGUGCUGCCAUUGCUCACGUCCUUUCCCAGUACUUGAUUUCAGUUAUCCUCUUGUGGAGGCUGAUGAAGAAAGUUGAUCUUUUACCACCAAGUGUCAAAGAUUUGCAAUUUAGUCGGUUCCUCAAAAACGGUUUUCUGUUGUUAGCACGAGUUAUAGCAGCAACAAUCUGUGUGACCUUGGCAGCAUCGAGGGCUGCACGACUGGGCUCAACAACUAUGGCUGCAUUCCAAAUAUGUUUGCAAGUUUGGUUGACAUCAUCACUUCUCGCCGAUGGCUUGGCUGUUGCUGGACAGGCAAUUAUUGCUUGUGCAUUUGCUGAAAAGGACUACCAAAAGGCAACAACUGCGGCAACCCGGGUGUUACAGAUGAGUUUUGUUCUUGGUGUUGGGCUGGCUGUGCUUGUUGGACUUGGUCUGCAAUUUGGUGAUGGAGUAUUUUCAAAAGAUCCUAAUGUUCUUCAUAUUAUAGCCAUCGGCAUCCCGUUUGUUGCUGCUACGCAACCCAUCAACUCGAUAGCUUUUGUUUUUGAUGGUGUAAAUUUUGGAGCGUCUGAUUUUGCAUACUCUUCAUAUUCCAUGGUUCUGGUGGCUAUAGCAAGCGUUGCAGCCAUUUUUGUUCUCUCUAAAACCAGUGGAUUUGUUGGAAUUUGGAUUGCUUUAACCAUCUUUAUGGGGCUACGCACAUUUGCAGGUGUAUGGAGGAUGGGAACUGCAACUGGACCAUGGCGUUUUCUCAAAGAGCGAUUGUUGCCUUAG